UCCAAAAUUGUGAUACUAAAACAGGUCGGUUUCGCCAAUUCACCCAAUUAGCACAUGAGAAAUCCCCAAAAAAAGGAACCUACGCUUUUUAUAACUAUUUGAUGAUCGGGCAACAAUUAUGUCACAAUCAUUACAUGCGUAUUGUUGAACCUGACAGGCACCAAAAAGCGGAGGUUCCUAUUUCUGUAGAAAUAGAUAAAGAUAGACCAACCAACAAUAAUAUAGCUCAAG